CUCCCUUGGAAGUCAUAACAGUGGCAGACGGUGAAGGCAGGAGCUCUGUCUGCUGACUCUUCCAUCAUCUCCCCCAAAGAUCGGAUCAUCAAAUUUGGUCAACACCCCACGAACAAGCGGUAGGAGAAGGUCUCGGGCAUGGCUUCUUCGUAUGAUUCUGACGGGUCGUUGAGGGGAUCCUCACCCUCGUACUCUCCGAGCAAGAAGCUGACAACCACGAACCACUUGCGCCAUGUUGAGUCGAUGGCCAAGAUGCCCUCCGGCGCCGGAGCAAUCUCCCAUUUGAAUGCCGUGAUCCUGGGUGAGGACCUCGCGUCCGAGGAGAAUGAUCUCAUCUUUCACAGUGCUGAGUUCUCUCAGCAGGCCCUUGUCCCCUCUCCCCAAAAGUACUUGGAGAUGUACAAGAGGUCCAUCGCGGAUCCAGCUGGGUUUUGGUCUGAUAUUGCAUCUGAGUUCUAUUGGAAGGAGAAGUGGGGCAAGGAAGUCUGCAGCGAGAACCUCGAUGUUCGGGAAGGAACCAUCAAGAUCGAGUGGUUCAAAGGUGGAGUCACCAACAUUUGCUACAAUUGCCUUGACAGAAAUGUCAAAGCUGGUCUUGGGGACAAAAUAGCCUUUUACUGGGAAGGCAAUGACCCCGACCAUGAUGGAAAGUUAACCUACAACGAGUCGCUUCACAGAGUUUGCCAGCUUGCAAAUUACUUGAAAGCUGUAGGUGUUACGAAGGGUGAUGCUGUUGUGGUUUACUUACCCAUGCUAAUGGAACUUCCAAUAACGAUGCUUGCUUGUGCUCGCAUCGGCGCCGUCCACUCGGUUGUGUUUGCCGGAUUUUCUGCAGAAUCUUUGACCCAGCGAAUUGUGGAUUGCAAACCAAAGGUUGUUAUUACUUGCAAUGCGGUUAAAAGGGGUCCGAAGGUCAUAAAUUUGAAAGACAUAGUCGACGCUGCCCUCGUCGAAUCAGCAAAAAGUGGUGUCUCAGUUGAUGUAUGUUUAACUUAUGAAAAUCCGUCGGCCAUGAAGAGGGAAACGACCAAGUGGAAGGAAGGAAGAGACAUAUGGUGGCAGGACAUUGUCCCAAAAUAUCCGACCACUUGUGCUGUUGAGUGGGUUGAUGCAGAGGAUCCUCUUUUCCUACUCUAUACGAGUGGUAGUACUGGAAAGCCAAAGGGUGUUCUUCAUACCACGGGAGGAUAUAUGGUAUACACUGCAACAACAUUCAAGUACGCAUUCGACUACAAGCCAUCAGACGUGUACUGGUGUACAGCUGACUGUGGUUGGAUUACUGGGCACAGCUAUGUAUCUUACGGACCUUUGCUUAAUGGAGCGACUGUCAUAAUCUUUGAAGGGGCACCAAAUUAUCCUGAUUCUGGGCGAUGCUGGGAGAUUGUUGACAAAUACAAGGUGUCAAUAUUCUACACGGCCCCAACAUUGGUUCGAUCUCUCAUGCGUGAUGGUGAUGAGUAUGUCACUCGAUAUUCCCGAAAGUCCUUACGAGUUCUUGGGAGUGUAGGCGAGCCUAUAAAUCCUAGCGCUUGGAGGUGGUUCUUCAAUGUUGUUGGUGACAAAAAGUGCCCUAUAUCUGACACUUGGUGGCAAACAGAAACUGGAGGCUUCAUGAUUACUCCCUUACCUGGUGCCUGGCCUCAGAAACCUGGGUCUGCUACAUUUCCUUUCUUCGGAGUUCAGCCCAUUAUUGUGGAUGAGAAGGGAAAAGAGAUUGAAGGCGAGUGCAGCGGAUACCUCUGUUUGAAGAACUCAUGGCCGGGAGCAUUCCGUACUCUUUAUGGUGACCAUGAGAGAUAUGAAACGACUUACUUCAAGCCGUUCCCUGGUUACUACUUCACCGGUGAUGGCUGCAGCCGGGAUAACGAUGGAUACCACUGGCUGACUGGUAGAGUUGAUGAUGUCAUCAAUGUCAGCGGUCAUCGUAUUGGAACAGCAGAAGUCGAAUCAGCCCUCGUUUCACAUCCUCAAUGCACAGAAGCUGCAGUUGUCGGGGUGGAGCAUGAGGUUAAGGGGCAGGGCAUCUACGCAUUUGUUACGCUCGUGGAUGGUGUAGCUUACAGCGAAGAACUUCGAAAGAGCCUCAUACUUACAGUUCGUAAGCAGAUUGGAGCAUUUGCUGCGCCCGACAAAAUCCACUGGGCCCCAGGCCUCCCAAAAACCCGGAGUGGGAAGAUAAUGAGGAGGAUACUGAGGAAGAUCGCAUCAAGGCAACUGGACGAGCUUGGAGAUACGAGCACACUGGCAGACCCCUCUGUCGUCGAUGAACUUAUCGCCCUCGCCGAUGCUUGAAGGACAAAAUUUUCUGACGAAGGGGGCUCUCGUCUGAAUCAUGAAAUAUUUGGUUUGAGUUGUUCGAAUCGUAGGAUUUUCAUUUCUUGUGCCAUAAUUCUUUGAUCCAUCUAGGAAUGGUCGAUUGAUCGGGUUUAUUCUAUGGAAUAAUCCCGGUUUUGUUAUUGUGAAAUCGCUUCGAUGUUAUAGAGGUACAUUGUUUCUGUGUGUUGUUAUUUCUUACAUUCUGAGAAUAAUGGGAAAUAAUUCUUAUAUUUCUAUUUAUUCCA